CGCGGGUGGGCUGUGCAUGCCCGUGCUUCUGUGCGUCCUGUGCUGUGCUUCGUGUAGUGGUGUGUUGUGCUGUGGUGUGCACGGGCUGGAGUACUGGAUACGCCUACCCGGUCCAGCACGGCGGGGGUGGGCCCACGACAGGGAGCGAUGACGCGCCAGCAGGAGUCCCUGCGACACAGCUGAAACUCGACAUACCAGAGGGCGGCCGAUGGCGGAGGUGUCCGUGGCCAGCCCCAGUGUUGCUCCGCCGGCCACCUCGACACCACCAACUUCGCUCUCUACUGUUUCUCCCCGUGAGCAGAUCAGGAUUGAAUUCUACAAGACCUAUGACGUUAUGACAGGGGUCCGCAUCGCAGCCACUCUGGGCGGAUUCUUCGGUUUGAUGGUUUUGCUGGUUGUCUACAAGAGCAAGUGCAAAUCUCGGUCGCUCAGUGACGAGCAUCUAGAGGCAGCAGUCGCGGCUGCUGCCAUAGAAGAGGAGGAGCAGCUGGCUCUCAACGCACUCAACUUGUACGGCCCGCGGCGGUCGCUAGGCAACAUGAGUGCUCCCAUCGGACGACCGUUCCCUCGGUUUUCGUCUCUGGGAGGUCACAACAUGCUCAACACUCCCAUGAGACUGUGCAACUACGGACAGCGAGCCAGGGUCAGUGUGCCGGUUGUGGAACAUAAAAUGCCAGCGUUUGUGCCAUCUCCUCGGCUCACGCUCACCUCACCCCCGCUCAAGCGGCCUUACCCCGAGGAGGAAGAAGAGGAGGAGGAAGACGAUGACUACCCAGUCAACUUCCUGCAGGUGCCGUCUAGAAGAGCGUCUCGGCGGCUUAGCUCCAUCACAUGUUCUAGUGCUGACACGUCGUAUCUAGAGAGGCGAGGGUCAGCUGUGGAAGUGGGGCAUCCUCCCCCGCCUCCUCUGCGCAGACCUCCCCUGCCUAGCGACAGCUGGGACUUCUACUACCCUAUAGACAUCCAGUUGCAGGUGAUCCAGCCUACGCCUCUAUUGUCGCCCUGCGCCAGUGACGGCACGUUGUACGACCACCCUCGUGUUUCUUCGCCCCCUCUCUCUGUGGGGCUCUCGCCGCUCCUACUGCCCUCCUCGCCCCACCGCCUUGCGCCCUUAGCUUCCAUUAGUAGCUGUCAGGUGAGCUCAGUCUCUGCACCAGAAGCUGCAGUCUCCGACUGCCACUCUCUCGGCUCAGACUCCGUCUUCCUCGACGAGGAAUGCAUGGACACGGAGGACGAGGCGGAGGAGUUCUCGACCGACAGUGAUGUCCAAGAGUACGCCGAAACGAAAAGACAAUUCGAUAAAUACAAUCCGUCCAGUGUUCCUUUUGCCGAACAUUUACAAAUGUCGAACUAUCCAAAGACUUUGGCGGGCAGGUUCCAUGGGGUGACGCCCAUACGAAGGUAUUCUACGCCCUCGUCACGAGAUAAGGGGAAAAGUCGCGAGCGGGGUGGUUCGUAUGGUGAUGACGUUUCUUGUAGACCGCAGCUGCCGUUGCCUCACGAGGCCAGCUCUAGCGAUACUCUGGAAAAGACAACAACGACCACGGAGAACAUCACUCUACAAGAGGCGAGGCCAAGACCUUCCACCUCACUGAGUUGUGACCACCUGGUCCGCGUGCUCACGGAACACAGCCGACUACAAACCUCCUCCGUGCGCGACCUCACCUCCUGGUCACAAGAAACUUUGUUUUAGGUUAGAAAUUGCAAUAAUUCUGUGUACCAAAAUAUGUUGGUUGUGAUGCCUUUGUGUUAGGUUAUGUUGUAUUUAAACUCUUCUUACUAAAAAUAAGGUUAAGAAUGUAAAAUAGAGCACAAGGGUUUAGGUUUUUAUGAUUUUUGGUGAGGAUAGCAGUUGUGCCUCAAUGGGAAAAAAACCAAUAUGGUACAAGAAACACUAAAAGUUACAUUAUACACAACAUUUUAUAAUAUUUCACUGCCAACUAAGAAAUAAGUUGAAGACAGAGUCAUCUUCAGGCGUUUUUAAAAGAGGUUGUGAAAUUUUAAAACCUUACCUGUACUGUAAUAAUUUACAAUAGUUUAAACAGUGGCGAUUCUAGACCUUCAUAAUAAUAAAUAAUAACAAUAAUAAA